GACAUACUGCUACUCAAUGGGAACAAUGCUCCUUUUUGUGAUCUGCUACAAGGGUCAGCAUCUUAGUGAUGACAUCCUGUCCACUAUUGUACACUACAUAUUUAGUGUACAUAGUGUAGAGGUGGAUGAGCAAGACGAAACUGAUUCCAAAUGGACACUACUGCACCACUGUGCAUUCCUUGGAAAUGAUCGACUAGCAAAUAUUCUCAUCGCACGUGGAGCUGAUGUCAAUGUGCAGGACAGCAGGUACCGAUCCACUCCACUUCACUGGGCAGUCUACAGGAACGGGAUCAACGUCGUCGAGGUGAUGCUGUCACAUGACAGUGACGGUGUCACGUUGGAUACCACACUGCGUGACUGGCAUGGGAGAACAGCGUUGGACGUAGCCAGGGAAAGGAAGCAUAAGGGAUGUGUGCAGUUGCUGGUGGAGCACGAGAGUGCGAAGAACGAAAUGAAGAAAGAGGAACUUCGAACUGCUGCUGUGGCUGAGGACAUCAUUGGUGGUAAGGACGAGGCCAGCGUGGUACGCGUGCGUAUGUACCUUGUCGGCAAGUACGCCACGGGAAAGUCCAGCUUUGUCCGGGCACUGCUCGGUGAAGAGUUCAUUGAAAACGCGGACAGCACCGACUCCAUUUCCAUCCAUCGAUCCAGACUCAGAAUGCAUCUCUCCUCUCAGACCGCCACAGGCACGCAAGAGGCAGCACAAGUUCUUGUGGAUGACAGUGAACAUAGUUUCUUUGUCAAUCUACUCACAGCUCGCAUCCGAUCAUCUGUAGAACUGGUCCAGAAAAUCAAGGAACUUCCGCAAGAAUCGAUCUUGUCCAAAGUCCAGACACUAUUCACUUCAUGGCUCUCUUCGUCAUCUACUGCCUCCGCUACCGGCACCAGAGCAUCUGCUGCAUCCGCUGUCAACAAUGAGUUUGCCAAUGUUCCCCACGCUAAUGACCUGACCAAAGUGGCACCAGAUGUUAUCUCUCAAGUUCGCUCAUCUGUCAGCAAUGUUGAUAGCAGUUCAAAUGAAGCCGAAGCAGCAUAUGCGUUUGUUGAGCUGUGGGACAUGGGUGGACAGAUGCCGAUGUUGGUACAACAAAGCAUCUCAUUUUCAGUUUGUGACAGCGUGUACAUUGUGACUCUUGACAUGAGGUGUGACCUGGAUGAGGAGGUAACGGAAGACGUCUACCGCUUCGAUGGUCAGGAGAUUGUAACUUCUACACCGUUGCCAGGAAUGACGCAGGCUGACUACCUUCACAUGUGUCUGUCACUGAUUGCUUUGCAGCAUAGAGCAGACACACACACUGACCAGCAUCACCACCAGCAUCACCACCAGCAGCAGCAUCAGCAACAGCAGCAUCAACAGCAGCAGCAACAGCAGCAUCAGCCAGACACAGAGACGGGUGGGAGCAGUAGCAGCAAUAGCAGCCACCAUCAUGAUGAGAGUAGCACAGCCAUCAUGGUUGUUGUUACACAUGUGGAUCUUGUCGACGAUGACCAAAUAGAGAAGAAGAAGGACAUGUUCUUCAAUGCCGUGUCCAAGCUGGCUGAAAGGGCCGGACCCAACGUCAAGGUUUGUGGACCCUUCUUUGUUGACAAUCACCGUCUUCAAGAUCGCGUAUCUCGCCACAGCCAGCUUGCUGAAGCACAGCAAGAGCUCUCUAGAAUUGUGUCUGCCUUUCCUGUCCAAGCAAUUCCCUUGAUGCAAGUGAAGAUAGAAGAAGCUAUUUCUCUCCACCAAAAGGAAAUGCUGCGCUAUGCAAAGGCUGGGUGCAGUGAUGAUGCAAAAGCUACCAGUAGUGAUCAGCAGCAGCAGCAGCAGCGGCAGCGACAGCAGCAGAGUUUUGUUAGUAUGGACUACCCACAGUUUGUAGACUUUUGUCGGCAUGUUAGCGGCAAAGAUCUCACCACUGCACAAGUGUCUGAUCUACUGCACCACCUUCAGCAACAUGGCACAGUGUUUUGCUGUGACUGCCCGCAUCCACUCACUUCAAGUGUCAUUUUCCUGGAACCCCAGCAGCUGCUACUCAACUUUGUACGCUUGAUGACCUUCCCUCUAAAGGAGACAGCUUUUCCAAGCACCUCAGCAACAUUAGUCAGAGAUGUGCAACACUUUCGACGUACGGGAAUUGCCAGCGCUAGGUUGAUAGAGAAAGUUUGGUAUCCUCUCAGCCGUGUUGUCCAGCUAGCUCUCUGCAAAUCCAUGUGUUACUUCAACCUGGCAGCAGAACUUCAGCCCGCCAGCAAUGCAGCCACCAGCAGUACAGCCACCAGCAGUACAGCCACCAGCAGUGCAGCCACCAGCAGUACAGCCACCAGCAGUACAGCCACCAGCAGUACAGCCACCAGCAGUACAGCCACCAGCAGUACAGCCACCAGCAGUACAGCCACCAGCAGGACAGCCACCAGCAGUACAGUCAACAGCAGUACAGCCACCAGCAGUACAGAUACCAGCACUGGAGGGUGUGGCAGUAGAGUCGGCGGCAGCAGCAACAGCAGCAGCAUCAGCAGACAAGACAGAUGUCCGGUUGUCACGCCAGGCCUACCCGACCUCUUCAUCCCGUUCUGUUGCAACCAGGAAGCAUUACGGUUGGUUUUGGAGGAUGAUGUCCCCUUUAAGCUACCGUUUAACCACCUCAGUUUCCCUGGGAUGCUGUUUCCUCCACCACUGUUCGGUCGCUUAGUCACCUACAUAAUUCAUCGUAUGAAGAAAGAGUCAGCCAGUCUUCAAUUCACAUCCAGUGCGGCAUCACUGAAUUUGGAGGUUGGUUGUAGUCAAGUAUGCCUCUGCUGGACACCGACAGGUGUUCGCUUAGAAUGCGCUGCUGCUACACCAUCCAUACUUGCUGAUGUGGCUUGGGAUAUGAAGAGUGCAAUUGUUGACUUCACACAAGUUCUCAGCACCCAAGGGUACCAGCAGUUCACAGUUGUUGGUGAGUCUUUCGCCUGCACUUCCACUUCAUGCCAGGAUCGCCUGAAGGAAUGCAGCAGUCCUGCAGAGGUGCUGGUGCACUCGUCAUGGGUGUUGCUGACCAGCUUGCACAAGAAGCAUUUCUUGACGGCGUACGAGUCGGAUGGGAACACCGCCCUGACCUUCAAGGCUACGUGUGCUACCUGCGAGGAGAAGGUCAUUAUCCCGAGGUCCUUCUGGCCCUGGCUGCGUAAGGAUGUGCCAUUUGUCCAAGCUGAGCAGCCACUAGCAGCAGCAGCAGCAGUGCCACCAGCAGCAGUGCCACUAGCAGCAGCAGUGCCACCACCAGCACCAAUGCCACCACCAGCACCAAUGCCACCACCAGCAGCAGUGCCACUAGCAGCAGCAGUGCCACCAGAAUCAGUGCCACCAACAGCAGCAGCAGUGCCAUCAGCAGCAGCAGCAGUACCACCAGCAGCAGCAGUUCCACCACCAGGAGCAGUGCCUCCAGCACCAGUGCCACCAGCAGCAGCAGCAGUGCCACCAGCAGCAGCACUGCCACCAGCAGCAGCAGCAGCAGUGCCACCAGCAGCAGCAGCAGCAGUGCCACCAGCAGCAGCAGUUCCACCAGCAGCAGCAACAGUGCCACCAGCAACAGUCCCACCAGCAGCAGCAGUGCCACCAGCAGGACAAUCAGCAGCAGCAGCAUUACCUCUGCCAUCACCAUCAUCAUCAUCACCAGCAGCAGCGGCAGCAGCGGCAGCAGCAGCGGCAGCAGCAGCAUUAGCACCCGCAGAGGCAGUUUCAUGCCAACCGUCAACAUCACCGGAGAAGCUUGUGGCAGAAGAUGGUUUAGCAAAGGUACUCCAACCAGAGCUUAACACUAACCAACCAUAUGAGGACGAAAGUUCGUACGGCAACCCAUUCAAACAAAGUGCCUUUCUAACCGAUAUCUCACCUUGGUUGGGCACAUUACCAGCAGGAACAUUUCGUUAUAUGGCGCAAGAGGCCGGGUUCUUCGCCGAUCUGCAGCAGAUAGAGGACUUGAAGAGAAUUGAGAAACUAGAUGGAACACGCACUCACAACGAAGAGUUGGUCAACAUUGUAAGCAGCGAGGAACAGGCCGGCUACAUCAAGCUGGUGAAGAUCAUCGAACGCUGGGGUAAAUAUCCCGACAAGGUCGACAAGAUGAACCAGCUUCUGCCACGACGCGCCCGUGUGUAAACGAUUGAGGUUUCAAGCACUUCACGCAGCAAGUGCUGGUACUGUUCUCUCUCUCUCUCUCUCUCUCUCUCUCUCUCUCUCUCUCUCUCUCUCUCUCUCUCUCCCUCUCUCUCUCUAUCUCUCUAUCUCUCUCUCUCUCUCUCUCUCUCUCUCUCUCUCUCUCUCUCUCUCUCUCUCCGUGGUGUGUUCUCUAUGUUACUGACUGGCUAUGCUGUUCAUCAAAUCCAUUCUUCCUUAGUCAUAUUUACCAAAUUGUAGCAGCAUUAUGUUAUGCUUGUUCGCUACCCCACUAAAUAUUUCCUUCCUCUAUAUAAAUGUACUCCCCCUCCCCACCCCUUGUCCCUACUCCUCCCCAGUUUUUGGUGCACUGAAGUGUCGCUGAAGCCGAGACCUCAGGUCGGCGGAGAUGCUCCAGUUUCACCACCACAGUUGCGUCUGCAACCACCUCUAUCAUGCAGUAUUCUGUUCUCGAGGUUCGUGGUUUCUCGUAAAAAAAAAGAACUAGUACAGUAGGUUAGACAGUAAAGACAGCUAAUUGUAGAGGACCACACCAGGUUACUUUGCCCGUUGCAGAAUUACUACUUAUAGUCAUGCAGAUACUUGAAACUUUUCUUUUGAAUUUUAUGAAUGCAUAUAUUGGAAUAUUUUCGUUAUGCCGAGGUAUACCGAGUAGGUUAGACUAUUUUAGUGAUAUAAAAUAUUUUUGAUUAAGUUUCUUUUUUUCGAAAUUCCAGUCACUUAUACAAUGUCAUGUACAUACGCAAUUAUUACAAAACGUAAUUUUAAGUUUGCGCUUUCAGAAUUUCAUUUUCACUUCAAUACUGUAACAGUGCCAUGAUUUCAGUACCAUUGGUGGUGGGUCACAUGUUGUACAAACUCUAAAACAAACAUUUUCUUCUCA